AUGUCAGGUGAUACUGUCGACAAUCUCACCAGCAAGCUUGGCGAUCUGAGCACUGACAAAGCACCUGCACCCGCACCCGCACCUGAAUCCACACCUGCUCCAGCAACAACGCCUGCUCCAACAGAAGCUGCUGCUGAUAAGAAACCUGAGGACAAGGAACCUGCUGCUGAUAAAAAGCCUGAGGACAAAGCAAAUGGCCCAUCAUCAUCAAACCUUAUCCAAAGCACACAUGCGGUUCAAGUCAAGCUUGCCGAUCAACAAGCCGACCCCAACUCCCCUCUCUACUCGGUCAAGUCUUUUGAAGAAUUAGGAUUGCAACCUGAACUUCUCAAGGGUCUUUAUGCUAUGGGCUUCAACAAACCUUCCAAGAUCCAAGAACGCGCGUUGCCUCUUCUCUUAUCCAACCCACCGAGAAACAUGAUCGGCCAAUCGCAAAGUGGUACUGGCAAGACGGGUGCUUUUGUUCUUACCAUGUUGAGCCGUGUUGAUCCAUCCGUGAAGCUUCCACAAGCCAUUUGCUUGGCACCAUCACGUGAAUUGGCCCGCCAGACUAUGGAUGUUGUACUCGAAAUGUCCAAAUUCACUCAAGUGACGACCGCACUUGCUGUCAAGGAUUCUCUUGUGAAGGGAAGAGCCGUCCAAGCACAAAUCAUUGUGGGUACACCAGGCACAGUGAUGGAAGCCAUUCGCCGUAGACUUUUGCCUGUACAAGCAUUGAAGAUCUUUUGCCUUGAUGAAGCUGACAACAUGUUGGAUCAAUCUGGAUUGGGUGAUCAAAGUCUUCGUAUUCAACAAAUGAUCCGUGGCAAGCCUCAAAUUCUUCUCUUUUCAGCCACUUUCCCUGAUCACGUACGCAAGUUCGCCUCCAAGUUCGCCCCUGGUGCCAAUGAGAUCUCGCUCAGGCGUGAGGAAUUAAGUGUGGAUGCCAUCAAGCAAUUUUACAUGGAUUGUGACAGCGUCGAACACAAGUACGAAGUGCUUUGCAACUUGUAUGAUCUCUUGACCGUCAGCCAAAGUAUCAUCUUUUGUGCCAAGCGUGAAUCCUCAGAUGAGAUUGCUCGACGAAUGACAGAGAUGGGCCAUGCUGUUGUAUCGUUGCAUGGUGGUAUGACGCCUGAGGAACGUGAUAAGGUGAUGGAUGAUUUCAGACGUGGUGAAUUCAAGGUCCUUAUUACUACCAACGUGUUGGCACGUGGCAUUGAUAUCUCUCAAAUUACCCUUGUCAUCAACUACGAUUUGCCUACCGACAACCGAGGCCAACCCGAUUACGAAGCCUACCUCCACAGAAUCGGUCGUACUGGACGUUUUGGUCGCACUGGUGUCAGCAUCAAUUUUGUUCACAACAAGCAGACUUGGCAAAUGGUGGAGAUGAUUGAAAAGCAUUUCGAGCGUGAAAUUACAAGAAUCCCCACUGACGACUGGGAGGAAGUUGAAAAGCGAUUGAAGAGCGUGUUGUAG